CUCAUAUUUUGACUGAUAUGACAGUGAAGAUGGGAAGCUGAGCUGUGGCUAUUCAAGUUUUAUGGGGAAGAGAGCUAGCAUGGAAGACUUCUAUGAUGUUAAAAUGUCAAAGAUUGGUGGGAAAAGAGUCUGUCUGUUUGGGAUAUUCGAUGGUCAUGGUGGUUCUCGUGCUGCUGAGUUUUUGAAGGAACACCUUUUUGAGAAUCUCAUGAGGCAUCCACAGUUCAUGACUGAUACGAAAUUGGCUAUAAGUGAAACAUAUAAAAAGACUGAUGCGGACUUCUUGGAUGCUGAAAGAAAUACUUGCAGGGAUGAUGGCUCUACAGCCUCAACAGCAGUUUUGGUUGGCAACCAUUUGUAUGUUGCAAAUGUUGGAGAUUCACGAACAGUGAAAUCAGAAGCGGGAAAAGCUAUACCUCUAUCUGAAGAUCAUAAACCAAAUCGAACUGAUGAGAGGAAGAGAAUUGAAAGUGCUGGAGGGGUUGUUAUGUGGGCAGGAACAUGGAGAGUUGGAGGGGUGUUGGCAAUGUCCCGAGCUUUUGGUGACCGCUUAUUGAAGCAGUUUGUAGUGGCAGAACCUGAGAUUCAGGAACAGGAGAUAGAUGAUAAAUUUGAAUUCCUGGUGAUAGCUUCUGAUGGGCUAUGGGACGUGGUUCCAAAUGAGGAUGCUGUUUCCAUUGCAAGAACUGAAGAAGAACCUGAGGCAGCUGCCCGGAAGUUGACAGAGACUGCAUUUACUCGUGGGAGUGCCGACAAUAUUACAUGCAUUGUGGUGAGAUUCCACCAUGAAAAAGAAGAUUGCAGUUCAUCCUUGAAGGCAGGGGAUUAGAAUCGAUCGAUCAGCUCGUUUGAUGUUGACAAAUUUCAUAUUUGAAAAUUAUGGGUGGGAAUCUGUCUGUGCAUGCCUGCAUGUUGAAGUACAGGUAUUUUCUUUCUUUUCUCGUUUCUUAUUUACCUUAUGUCAGUGGUGUGUUCCUUUUUUUCCCCUUUCUGGGUGUUCCUCAGGGAAGUAGGGACUGGGUUCUCUGACUGUUUUUAAAAUAUUGUGUAUAACCUCAUUUUGGUCAUUCAGAUAUUGGCCGCCAAGGAAAAAUUUUGGCUAGUGCAGGUAUCUCUUUUUUCCUUUAUCGUUUCUAAUUUUUGUACGUCCCUUUCAUUUUUUGCAUUUCUGCUUUCUGGGUGUUCCUCUCUCUUUGUUGGCAAUGCAAUUUCAUUUGUACUAGUGCAAAUGCAUUUGAGUACAAAUUAAAACAGCAUAAAUAUUGGAUUACUUUCGGUUUGGGUUUUA